AUGACACUUUCACCAUGUGCUAGGGUUCCUAGUAGACAUGGCGCCUACGUUCUGCCUAACAAGUCAUUUUUCGCUUUACGGUUAUAUCACCCUCGACAAAUCUGGACCCUUUACACAUCAUCAUCUGCAGUCGCCCCCGCCUUCCCGUUCUCACCCAGGCCGCACGCCUCUUUGUCAGUGCUGCGGAAGCCGCCGGCUCUGACAUCGUCCGCUUUCUUUACGGCGCUGUCCGCUACGCACUCUUCAUUCUCGCCAACCGCCGUGUGUGUGAUCUUGAUGGCAACUUUGUGCCCCUUGCCUGUGACGCCGCUCGCGCUCGUGCCACAUCAGCCCGCACGGCUGUUGUCAUCGGAGGUCGUAUGCGCAAGGUAG